AUGCAAACCGCAAGUAGCACGUCACUCACCGACGUAUUCACCGGUCUCGUCGCCUCCAGCGCAGUCCUCGCCGGGAGAGCACAGCGGCACGCAGUAGGACGUCUCGGACCCCAGCUGCCUGCAACCGAGCACGGUCGCCUGAGCACAACAUCCGCCACAGCCGCCACAUCCGCCACAGCCGACAAAGCCGCACCGCGACAACAACCGCCACAGCGUCCACGACUGUCACGGCAUCCACGGCCGCCACAGCGCCCAUGGCCCUAAAGGCGACCUCGUAUGCCACGGCUCCCACGGCUCCCACGGCUCCAACGGCUCCCACGGCUCCCACGGCUCCCACAGCCCCCACGGCUCCCACGGCCCCCACGGCACCCACGGCCCCAAAGGCGCCAAUGGCUCCCACGGCUCCCACGGCUCCAACGGCUCCCACGGCUCCAAUGGCUCCCAGGGCUCCCAUGGCGCCCACGGCUCCCACGGCGCCCACGGCUCCCACGGCGCCCACAGCCCCCACGGCGCCCACGGCACCCACGGCUCCAACGGCACCCACGGCGCCCACAGCUCCCUCGGCGCCUCCGGCCCCCACGGCCCCCACGGACCCCUCGGCGCCCACGGCUCCCACGGCGCCUAAGGCGCCCAAAGAGCCCAUCGUGCCCGGAACGCCCACGGCCCCCAAGGCCCCCACAGCGCCGACGGCCCCAAAAAUGCCCAUGGUGCUCACGGCACCCACGGCCGCCACGGCAACCACAACAACUAUGGAACCCACAGCACCCACUGCCACUAUGGAGCCUACAACCGCGACGCAACCCACAGCACCCACAGCAAUAAUGACAUUCCCUAAACCCAAAACUGCCACGUCACCCACGAUUGCCACUGCACCGACGGCAACCACGGCGCAGACGGCACCCACGACGCGCACAGCACCCACUGCACCAACGGCACCCACAGCACCAACUUCGCCCACAGCACCCACGGCUGCCACGGCCCCCACAGCCACCACGGCACCCACAGCCCCAACGGCCCCCACGGCCCCCACGGCCCCCACAGCGCCCACCGCUCCCACGGCGCCUACGGCCCCCACGGCCCCCACAGCGCCCACCGCUCCCACGGCGCCUACGGCGCCCACGGCUGCCACGGCCCCCACGGCCCCCACGGCCCCCACAGCGCCCACGGCCCCCACGGCCCCCACAGCGCCCACGGCCCCCACGGCCCCCACGGCCCCCACGGCGCCCACGGCACCCACGGCCCCCACGGCGCCCACAGCGCCAACGGCUCCCACGGCGCCCACGGCACCCACAGCGCCCACGGCUCCAACGGCCCCCACGGCCCCCACGGCCCCCACAGCGCCCACAGCACCCACGGCGCCAACGGCCCCCACGGCCCCCACGGCCCCCACAGCGCCUACAGCGCCCACGGCCCCCACGGCUCCAACGGCUCCCACGGCGCCCACUGCACCAACUGCACCUACGGCGCCCACAGCCCCCACGGCGCCCACGGCUCCAACAGCGCCCACGGCACCCACGGCCCCUACGGCUCCCACGGCGCCCACGGCACGCACGGCUCCAACGGCGCCCACAGCCGCCACCGCACCAUCGGCUCCCACGGCCCCCACGGCCCCCACGGCGCCCACAGCAACCACAGCGCAUACGGCCCCCACGGCGCCCACUGGAAACACGGCGCCCACGUCUCGCACGACGCCCACUGCUGCCACGGCGCCAACGGCCCUCACGAAGCCAACGGCCCCGACGGUACCCAACACCCACAUGGCGCAUACAGCCACCACAGGACCUACAGCAGCAACGGCCCAAACAGCAACCACGGAGUCAACGGCCAACAAUGCAGACACCGCCGCCAUGGAGCCCACAGCCAUUAAUCCACCCACAGCACUAAUGGCUCCAAAGGCCACCAGUGUGACUAUGGCCACCAAGACGCCCACGGCCCCCACAGCUCCCAAGGCAUCCACAGCCACCACGACACAUAAAGCCGCCACAGAACCUACGGCUACCACGGCGUCAAUGGCCACAACAGCGCCCACGGCCGUCAUGGCUCAAAAAGCAACCAUGGCACCCUUAGCCCCAAAGGCACCCACAGCCGCCAUGAAGCCCAAGGCCUCCACGGCCACCAAAGCAUCCACGGACGCCACAGUGCCCAUGGCCGCCACAACAGUUACAGCCGCCACAGAGCCUACAGUUUACACAACGCCAAUGGCCACCACAGUGCUAACUGCCGCCACGGCACCCACGGCACCCACAGGAGACACGUCGCUAACGGCCGCCACGGCACCUACAGCUGCCACAGCACCAAUGGCAGCCACAGCGCUAACGGCCGCCACGGCACUUAAGGAUCCCACGGGAAAAACAUCGCAAACGGCCGCCACGGCACCUACAGCUGCCACAGCACCAAUGGCUGCCACGGCGCUAACGGCUGCCACAGCACCAAACGCGCCCACGGGCGCCACGUCGCACACGGCAGCCACAGCACCUACAGCUGCCACAGCACCAAAGGCCGCCAAGGCGCAAACGGCCGCCACAGCACCCAACGCGCCCACAAGCGCCACUUCAACCACGGCCGCCACGGCACCUACGGCUGCCACAGCGCCAAAUGCCGCCACGGCGCUAACGGCAGCCACUGCACCUACAGCUGCAACAGCGCCAAUGACCGCGACGGAGCGAACGGCCGCUACAGUACCAACAGCUGCCACAGCACCAAUGGCCGCCACGGUACCUACAGCUGCCACGGCGCUAACGGCUGCCACUGAACCCAACGCACCCACGGGCGCCACAUCGCAAACGGCCACCACGGCACCUACGGCUGCCACAGCACCAAAGGCCGCCACGGCGCAAACAGCCGCCACUGCACCCAAUGCACCCACAGGCGCCACUUCACACACGGCCUCCACGGCACCUACGGCUGCCACGGCGCCAAUGGCCGCCACGGCGCUAACGGGCGCCACGGCACCUACAGCUGCAACAGUGCCAAUAGCCGCGACGGCGCUAACAGCCGCCACAGUACCUACAGCUCCCACAGUGCCAAUGGCCGCCAAAGCGCUAACGGCCGCCACGGCACCUACAGCUGACACGGCGCUAACGGCUGCCACGGCACCCAAUGCACCCACAGGCGCCACAUCGCACACGGCCUCCACGGCACCUACGGCUGCCACAGCGCCAAUGGCAGCCACGGCGCUGACGGCCGCCACAGCACCCAAGGCGCCCACGGGAACCACAUCGCAAACGGCCGCCACGGCACCUACAGCUGCCACAGCGCCAAAGGCCGCCACAUCGCACACGGCCGCAACGGCACCUACAGCUGCCACAGCGCCAAUUGCCGCCACUGCACUAACAGCAGCCACAGCACCCCACGCGCUCACGGGCGCCACGUCGCAAACAGCCGCCACGGCACCUACAGCUGCCACAGCGCCAAAGGCCGCCACAUCGCAAACGGCCGCCACGGCACCUACAGCUGCCACAGCGCCAAUUGCCGCCACUGCACUAACGGCAGCCACGGCACCCCACGCGGGCAUGGGCGCCACGUCGCACACGGCUGCCACGGCACCUACAGCUGCCACGGCACCUACAGCUGCCACAGCACCAAAGGCCGCCACGUCGCAAACGGCCGCAACGGCACCUACAGCUGCCACAGCGCCAAUUGCCGCCACUGCACUAACGGCCGCCACAGCACCCCACGCGCCCACGGGUGCCACGUCGCACACGGCUGCCACGGCACCUACAGCUGCCACAGCGCCAAAGGCCGCCACGUCGCAAACGGCCGCAACGGCACCUACAGCUGCCACAGCGCCAAUUGCCGCCACUGCACUAACGGCAGCCACGGCACCACACGCGCCCACGGGCGCCACGUCGCAAACAGCCGUCACGGCACCUACAGCUGCCACAGCGCCAAAGGCCGCUACGUCGCAAACGGCCGCCACGGCUCCUACAGCUGCCACAGCGCAAAUUGCCGCCACUGCACUAACGGCAGCCACAGCACCCCACGCGCCCAUGGGCGCCACGUCGCACACGGCUGCCACGGCACCUACAGCUGCCACAGCGCCAAAGGCCGCCACGUCGCAAACGGCCGCAACGGCACCUACAGCUGCCACAGCGCCAAUUGCCGCCACUGCACUAACGGCAGCCACAGCACCCCACGCGCCCACGGGCGCCACGUCGCAAACAGCCGCCACGGCACCUACAGCUGCCACAGCGCCAAAUGCCGCCACGUCGCAAACGGCCGCCACGGCACCUACAGCUGCCACAGCGCCAAAGGCCGCCACGUCGCAAACGGCCGCAACGGCACCUACAGCUGCCACAGCGCCAAUUGCCGCCACUGCACUAACGGCAGCCACAGCACCCCACGCGCCCACGGGCGCCACGUCGCAAACAGCCGCCACGGCACCUACAGCUGCCACAGCGCCAAAUGCCGCCACGUCGCAAACGGCCGCCACGGUACCUACAGCUGCCACGGCACUUACAGCUGCCACAGCGCCAAUGGCUGCCACGGCACCUACAGCUGCCACAGCGCCAAUAGCUGCCACGGCUCUAACCGCUGCCACAGCACCAAAAGCGCCCACAGCGUCUACGGUUUCCACGGCACUUACGGCUCCCACAGUCACCACGGCGCCCACGGAACCUACAGACCAUACGGCGCCCACGGCCCCAACUGCACCCACUGCAACCAUGGCGCCAACUGCGCCCACAACACCCACCGCCACCACGGCACCCACGGCCCUUACUGCGCCUACGGCUCCCACAGCACUUACGACACCCACGGCUCUCACGGACCCCAUGGCGCCCACGGCUCCCACAGCACCCACGGCGCCCACUGCGCCCACCGCACCCAGUGCACCCACGGCACACACGGCUCCCACAGCCGCCACGGCGCUCACGGCCCCCACUGCGCCAACGGCACCGACAGCACCCACUGUGCCUACGGCCCACACAGCGCCCACGGCGCCCACAGCCCCCACGGCACCCACGGCCCCCACUGCACUAACGACACCGACGGCUCCGACGGCACCCACUGCGCCCACUGCCCCCACUACGCCCACGGCACCCACUGCGCCCACGGCACCCACAGCACCCACAGCACCGACGGCACCAACGGCGCCCACAGCGCCCACGGCACCCACUGCGCCCACGGCACCCACAGCACCCACGGCACCCACUGCGCCCACGGCCCCCACAGCACCCACGGCAGCCACUGCGCCCACGGCCCCCACAGCGCCCACGGCCCCCACUGCACCAACGGCACCGACGGCACCCACAGCACCCACGGCCCCCACUGCGCCCACGGCACCCACAGCACCCACUGCGCCCACGGCACCCACAGCACCCACGGCACCCACUGCGCCCACGGCACCCACUGCGCCCACGGCACCCACAGCACCCACGGCAGCCACUGCGCCCACGGCCCCCACAGCGCCCACGGCCCCCACUGCACCAACAGCACCGACGGCACCCACAGCACCCACUGCGCCCACGGCACCCACAGCACCCACGGCACCCACUGCGCCCACGGCACCCACUGCGCCCACGGCACCCACAGCACCCACGGCACCGACGGCACCCACGGCCCCCACGGCCCCCACUGCACCCACGGCACCCACAGCACCCACGGCACCGACGGCCCCCACGGCCCCCACGGCCCCCACUGCGCCCACGGCUCCCACAGCACCCACGGCGCCCACUGCGCCCACCGCACCCACUGCGCCCACCGCACCCACGGCACCCACUGCGCCCACGGCACCCACAGCACCCACGGCACCGACGGCACCCACGGCCCCCACGGCCCCCACUGCACCCACGGCACCCACAGCACCCACUGCACCGACGGAACCAACGGCAACUACAGCGCCCACGGCCCCCACAGCACCCACGGCACCCACUGGGCCCACGGCCCCCAUAGCACCCACGGCCCCUACAGUGCCCACUACCAACUCUGCGCCUACUCCAACCACGGUAAAAACGGCCACCACUGCACCCAUGGCACCGACGGCACACACAGCCGCCACUGCGCCCACAGCCCCCACGGCCGCCACUGCGGCCAUGACUUUCACCGCCAUCACGACCGCCACGGCACCGACGGCCGUCAUUUCGCCCGAGGCCCCCAUGGCUCCAACGGCCGCCACUACGCCCACGGCGCCCACGGCGCCCACGGCCCUCACGACCUCCACGACCUCCAUGGCCGUCACGGCCGUCACAGCCGCCACUGCGCCCACGGCCCUCACAGCCGCCACAGUGGCUACUUCUUUCACCGCCAUCACGAUUGCCACGGCGCCCUCGGCCGUCAUUGCGCUCGAGGCCCCCACGGCUCCAACAGCUGCCACUGAGCCCACGGCAUCCAUGGCCCCCACGCCCCCCAUGGCUCCCACGGCGCCCAUGGCCCCCACGCCCCCCAUUGCUCCCACGGCGCCCAUGGCCCCCACGGCUCCUACGGUGCCCUUGGCCCCCACGGCCCCCACGGCCCCCACGGCCCCCACGGCCCCUACGGCCCCCACGGCCCCCACGGCCCCCACGGCCCCCACGGCCCCCACGGCCCCCACGGCCCCCACGGCUCCUACGGCGCCCUUGGCCCCCACGGCCCCCACGGCCCCCACGGCCCCCACGGCCCCCACGGCCCCCACGGCCCCCAUGGCCCCCACGGCCCCCACGGCCCCCACGGCCCCCACGGCUCCUACGGCGCCCAUGGCCCCCACGCCCCCCAUUGCUCCCACGGCGCCCUUGGCCCCCACGGCUCCUACGGCGCCCUUGGCCCCCACGGCCCCCACGGCCCCCACGGCCCCCACGGCCCCCACGGCCCCCACGGCUCCUACGGCGCCCUUGGCCCCCACGGCCCCCACGGCCCCUAUGGCGGUUAUGUCGAUCACGCCACCCACGGCUUAGAUAGUCUGAUGUAUGAUUACUCUCAGCAAAAUAAUAAAGAAGAAAAAUGUGUUAUUAAAAACUUAUGUAAGAUGUGAAAGCUCUGAAGAUAUAUUUGU